CAUUUAGCAGAAAAAAAAACCCUGCAGACACAGAAAUAGAGGAAGAGGUGGAGAGUCAUUAGGAGGAGGAGGAGGAGGGCCGCAUACAGUAUGAGGGCUUGAAAAACAGAGAGGUGGACGUCUGAGACAGUCAGAAAGCAGACACCGCCUCUCACCUUCACAGGUAACCCGUCUUCAGGAUGUUUCCAUGGAGAUUGUGCGUGCUGGCCGGCUUCAUGAGCGCUACUCUCGCCUUUGAAGAUGACAUUGAGGUCAACUACUCUUACUUCAAUGAAAUCACAGACGGGGUAACACCAGAACCGACCGUGAGUUCAGAGCCCUGCGCUUCUCAAGACCUGAGCAAAUGGGAUAAAAUCUUCACCAUGCUGGAGAACAGUGAGAUGAGGGAGAACAUGCUCCUUCAGUACGCCGAUGACGUGGUGAAGGUGAAGAUGGAUUCACUCCAAAGUGAACUAAUAAGGUUUGUGGCCCAGAACAGUGGCUCCUGCGGGGCUGAAGUGGAGACAACAGUAAGACAGAUAGCCCUGCAGCUGGAGGGCCGUCUGGAGGAUCAACUCAGAGACCUGACCUCUGCUGCUGACCGCUCCGACCACGUGGAGGCGACGCUACAGCACCUCCUCACAGCAGCGCAAACCCAAACGUCCCGACUCAGCAAGCUGGAGAGCAGCUGCUUCGGAAGCCCAGGGAGCAGCACAGGGAUCAGCACUAAGGCUGGGUUCCAGCUCCCAGGAGGAGGAAGUGGACACAGAGAUCAAGAAGUCACCUCACAGUGUGCUUUAGACGUUGUGGAGACUCAACUGCAGGAAAUUCAAGAGAAGCUGGAGGAUGUUCAGAACUGGUCAAAGCAGAGAUACCUUCCUGCAGGCUGUGAGAUGGGCCUCCUCUUCCCCAUGCGCUCCCGCCGGAUCUAUGUCAUGGUGGUACCAGACGCUCCUCUGUCCCUGUCCUCCUUCACGGUCUGCAUGUGGGUGAAGCCGACGGCCACCACCAACAAGACCGUCCUGUUCUCCUACGGAAACCGCCAGAACCCGUACGAGAUCCAGCUGCUGCUCGCUCACACCUCCCUCCUCUUCACGGUUGGUGGAGAAGCUCACCUGGUGGAGGCGCAGGGCGCGGUGGAGCCGGGGCGGUGGAGCCACUUGUGCGGGGAGUGGUCGUCGGAGCAGGGUCAGGCGCAGCUGUGGGCGGAUGGCAAAAAGGUGGCCUCCACAUCUGGAGUGGCGGAGGGACACGUCUUACCUGAUGGAGGUUUGCUCCAGCUGGGGCAGGAAAGAAACGGUUGCUGCGGUGGCGGCGGCGGCGGCAUGCCAGGGUUCGAGGGAGGAUUUGAUUCCAAGCUGGCAUUCGCCGGGAAGAUGACGGGGGUGAACAUGUGGGACAGAGGACUGACAGAGGAGGAGAUCUCUCAGCUGGCUUUCAGGGGGGGGCAGGGCUGCCAGCAGAGAGGGAACAUGGUGGCCUGGAGCGUGAGCGAGAUGGUGCCCCACGGAGGGGCUCAGUUCAUCCACUGAAUCAAAAACUAAGACACUGUGAUCCCAUAUCAAGCUGAAGCUAUCACUCCAUCAUGUCCUAUUGUGCUUCCAUAUUUCUACGCCACGCCCCCACAAAGAGAAGGACUUCCAACCAUCAAACUGUCUGAAUGAUUUUCCUCGCUGUGAGAGACUGAAGCAAUUACUUCAGAACUGCAACACCGACACACAUUCAGCAAACCUGCAGGAAACGAGCUGCAAGCCACCAAAGGUUUAAUGAGAGUUUGCCUUAAAAACAAAGAGUCUUUUGUAAAGCAGAGCAGCUUCUGAGCCAGCAAACAACUGACAGGAGGAGGUGAGGAGGAGGACACCGACUGUGAAAAGCAAUUAUCCUGUAAUAUAGUUCUCUAAGUUUUGCAUCAAGACGGCCUUUCCAAAUACAUCAGAUUGAAACUAAUUUCUUUUUUUAUAGGGCACAUUAACACAGUGAUGCAAUAAAGUCUUGCAGAAAUAUUAGCUAUGACAUCAACACUAUAUCUUGAGUGACUGAAAGCUGCUGUAUUUGCCUUCAAUUAAUGCAAACUUUCAAUAUAUAAAAAGGCAAUUUUUACAUUUUUGUAUAACUUUAAUAUAACUAGAGACUUUACUAUUUAAAACGUGUUUCCUUUAGGGUCUUUACAAAUAAUAGUAACACUUACUUUGUUAGUUGGUUCAUUUAUUUUAAUAUUAAUUUUGUGCAUCUUUUAAACUGUCAGUAAAAGACAGUGAGGUGAAUGUUUACAGUGUGUUUUUUUUCUGCUUUGUAAUAUAAUGUUAAUUUCUUCUUGUGGGAAAAAAAGAAUUUGAAUGUAUUUUGUACAUAAACAUAAUCUGUAUUAGAUGAGAAGAAGACUGGAACAUCGGCAAUGAAUAAAUAUGUAAAAUGAAA